GGAAGUAAUGCGGUACGUCAUUGCGUAAUUUCCUGCGCACGCACCGGCAAAAUGGCUCCGACAGGAUACUUAUCCUUUGCAGUGGUUGUUUUAACGACUGUUAUAGGGUUUUAUACAGGAUUUGGGGAGUGCAAUAACGGCCGAAGGGGGCCCGACGGCGUGGAGUCGGAGCUCGCCGGGUUCUCCGUCACGCUGGAGCACUCCUUCGAAGUGGAUGAUGUGCCCAGGUUUCGGACCCGUGGAACGAUCCAGCUGAAGGCCGGGAGAACGGAGAACAGCGUGGCUCUGUCUCAGAUGGAGCUGUCGGAGAAGGACAGGCGUUUACUCAAGGACGUAGCGGCUGUAGACGGUCUGUACAGGAUCCGAGUUCCCCGGGUGUUCCUGCAGACAGACAGACAGUCAGACGGCUACCUGAGCGCCUUCGUCAGAGCCUGCUCGUUGGUGGAGUCGCACCUGAGUGAUGUCAUCACUCUGCACACCGACGUCAGCGGCUCCCUCAUCGGCGUCUCCAUAGUGACGGUGCCCGGGGCGUGUCGUGGGGCCGAGGUGGAGGACGACGUGGACUUGGAAACGUUCAACACCACCAUCAGCGUCAUGGUGCCGGUCAACGCACCGGCCCCCGAUACGGCUCUGUUUAUCGAGCGCAUGGAGCAGGAACAGGACAAGAAAGGAAAACCCCAGGAGCAGAAAUCCUUCUUCGCCAAAUACUGGAUGUACAUCGUCCCUCUCGUCCUCUUUCUGAUGAUGUCUGGAGCGCAAGACCAGUCUGGGGGCGGAGCAAGCGGCGGCGCAGCCAACGGCGGCGGGCGAUGAUUCCCAUGGCAACGGGGACUUCUCUUCUGCUGUUAUCGGUUUAUAAAAGUGUACAUAAUAACUUAAGAAAUGUUAAAUUAAUCUAAUGCAGAUUUCACAUGCUAAUGAACUAAGAUCACAUUGGAGGGGUUUAACAAACUGUUUGUUUGUUUGUUUGUUUGUUUGUUUGUACUACUGAUUCAUUGAAUAAAAUGAGCUGGAAAUGA